CGCUUGCUUAACAAAUCCGGUUUAGUAGUGUACGAGGUACUAUAGUGGUGUUCCACUUACUCAAACUAUCAUUAUGAUUUCAAUAUUUAAUAUUGUUCCUAUUACAUUGGUUAUAUCUUUGAUCUGCUGUCUUAAAUAUGCAUCCUCAAUCCUUUGCUACGACUGCAACAGUGCGUACGACCCCCGCUGCGGCGAGGAGUUCGACUCAUUCAGCCUGGGAAUUGUCAACUGUUCCUUACGAGAUCCGUUGGAACACAUCGCUCCAAUAGAGCCGACUUUAUGCCGCACAAUCAAAAUGGAAAUUUACGGCAAAGUACGAGUGGUACGCCAAUGUGGUUACAUACCUGAUGAGGAGCAAAGUGAAAAAUCGUGCCAUCGACAGGCAAGUACUGGCGACUUAUUCGUCACUUACUGCUCAUGUGAUACGGAUCUAUGCAACUCGGCUAGUUCGAUGGACACUCAAAAGAUGGCAGUGUAUACAUCAAUAUUAUUAUUAACUGUUCACACAUUUUGAUUUACGUUAUUAUUGCAUUAAUUAAAGAGUGUUGAUACUGUA